UGACGACUGGUAAUGAUUUUAUUACGCGCCGCCUCCAACGGAAGUUUACAGUUGCCUAGCAACGUCUGUGCUGUGGUUCAUCAGUGACAGUGCCUCGGUGGUCCAAUGCAGAGCCCUGAAGGUGAGGGAGGUGAGGGAGCCUGGGAGGAGGCACGGUCCAGCCAAGAUGACAAGGACACCAAGCUACAGGAGGAACUUGAUAAAGAAGCAGAGAACAGGGGAGCAACUGUCCCACCUGAGGAUCAGACAGGACCAGAGGCUGAUGACUCUGCCCCUCAGCCUCACCCUGACCUCAGUGGUACAGAUGAAGACUUCCCUGUGGCCACACAUUUAGUGCAAGACAAUUUUCAUCUGGUUCCCAUGACAUCUCACCUCUCAAACCUUAAUACAUCAGAAGACAUGGAGGAGCAGGAGCCACUGCUGGAGAAUGAGGAAGAGGAAGAGUUCAUUUUUCUUGAUCCUGAACAUCCCCUGGUCAGAAGGCAACAAGCUGCCCUGAACAGCCAGCUGAGCAAGCAGCUGGAGAGGAUCAACCUACAACUGAAGGAAAAGCUGGCAAUGGAGAAGGCAGAUGCCAGCCAUGUGCAAGAGAAUGGUGUUGAGAUGUUCAGGCUUCAGGAGCAGCUGGCCAGACUCCAUGCUAGGCUGGAGGACCGUCAUCAGAUCAAAGCUCAGGCUGAAGCCAAACAUCGGCAGGCGCAGGAUCAGCUGGAGGCAACAAAGAGCCAGUAUUCCAGUACUGCCAGCCAGGCCAGCAAAGCCAAAGCCAAUGUGUCCCAGCUACAGGCGGAGAUUGACAACUUGAAGCUGCACCUCAUCUUCACACAGGGAGUUAGUGAAGAUCUGCAUUCUAAUGUCAAAGCCGUGAAGAAUGCUAGACGCAAAGCCGGAGCUGAGAAUGACCAGGCUGAAGAGCAGAAACUGAAGCAGGAUUUGUAUGUGGAGCGUCUAACAAAGGACAUGGAGAGACUGACGCAGCAGAUAGCCAUGUAUGAGGUCCAGGCCAGUGCUCAAGCAGAGGAGACACAGGCAGCCAAAGAGGCCCACACUGAGGCUGAGAUGGAAAUGCAGUCUCUGGUGAUGGUGCGUAAACAGCUGCUACAGCAGUGGAACAGCAGUCUGAUGGGUAUGAGGAGACGAGAUGAGGCCUUCAACGCAAUGCAGGAAGCUGUGCGUGCGACUGAGCACCAGGUGAUCUUACUGGACAGAGAGAUUGAGGGCUACAAGAAAUCCACCACUGAAGAGCAGGAACAAAAUGAGACACUGACCAUGCAGCUGAACUGGUCACAGAUGGACGUAGCCACCUCCAAAAAGCUGAUCAGUCAGAAGCAGGCCCAGCAAGAGGCUCUGCAGGCCCACUACAGCACCUGCCUCCGCACUCUGAGGGAGACAGAGCGCACCCUUGCCAGGCUCACAAAGGAAACCAGCACCUACCAGGCUGAAGUGAAUGAUCAGAGGAGGCAGUUGGAGAAAGAGAGUGCUGUGCGUCUGGAGUUGGAGGACAAGAUCAUGACUCACAUGCAGCAGAAGCUCACCCACAACAAGGCUGCCAAGUACUCCCAACGGCUCACCAGCAAGAUAACCGCACUCAAGAAAGAAAAGAUCUCUCACCUGUGGCAGCUGGAGAAUGAGGUGGUGGCUGUAAGACUAGAGAGCAGUGAGGUCAGCCAACAUCUGGACAGCCUGGCCCUCACUCAGGAGGCCCUAGAUGAGGAGAUCACAAAGUACAACAAGCUAAUCACAUCCAACCAGGCUAAGAUUUCUUCCUUCAUUACAACAGUCGGGCAGAAGCAGGCCACCAUCGCCAACUAUAAUAGAAAGAUCUCUCAAAUCGCAGCCAGCACUGGGCAUGAAGACCUGAGUCCUCUGCAAAUCAAGGUAGAGGCACUGAUGGCCCAGAUUGAAGAGCUGGCAGCAAGUAUUAAGAAUGACCAGCAGCUCUGGAUGAGACGACAGGGGACUCUAGUAGGACUGACCCAGGAGAUAGAAGCCAACAGAAAGGACAUGCUUAAACUGCAGACAGAGUACACUGGCAUGCAGCAGAAAAAAAUACGCUUGGAGAGUCAAAUUGAAGCAGAGCACCAAGAGCGGACAGAGCUGGAGAAGAAUGCAAAGAGUCUGAGGGGAGAUUUGGUGAAGCUCAACACCCUGCUCAGCAAGAACGGACAGCUCAGCCAUGCACUGGAGCAGGAAAAUGCUCUGAUAGAGACAGAUUUCCUUCACAGACUUAAGGAGGCAGAGCGUGAGUCAAUUGAGAUUCAGAUGAAACACGAGAAGACCCAGGAGGAAAAGGAGAGACUCCUCAACAGUCUGGUGGAGGCUGAACGGCAGAUCAUGCUAUGGGAGAAGAAGACCCAGCUUGUAAAAGAGACUCGUUCAGCUGUGGACUCUGAAGUGGGCCAAGGAGACAUCCAGAUCAUGAAGGCUGAGAUACACCGCAUGGAGGUGCGACUCAACCAGCAGAUGAAGCAGCAGGAGCGGCUGCUGCGAGAGAGCGAAGCAACUGUGGCAAGGAGGGAGACCAUUGUUCUCCGUAGAGAGGCCAUGAUCCACAGCUCCCAAAAACAAACAACAAAAGGCGAGCUGAACCGCUUCAUACAGGGCCUGCAGCGCAAGAUCCAGGACACACACAAGCAUGUGACAGAGUGUGAGCAGGUGAUCAGGGAGCUGCAGCAGAGCCAGAUGAGUCUGAGUGACAGGCUUGCACAGCAAAAGCAGCAGCUGAUGGAACUGUGCGGCACCAGCUACGUCCUUGACCCUGACUUUGUAAAUCUCCAGGAUACCAAAGACAGGAACCUAGCCCACCUGGUGGCUCUACAGAGCAGGACGAAGAAGCUGCAGGGGGUGUGUGAGGGCAGCUACAAAGCCUCGUCCACCAGCGAGUCAGUAGGAACCACUCUGCAAAGCCAGACAGAGCGUGUGCACACCACAAGCACCAUCCUGCACCGUGUGUGUGAGGAGUUCCCCCAGCACCAAGGGGCACUCCGCAGGCUGUCACUAGCUCUGGCAGCACGCGCACAUGUCCUGGAUAAGGAGACGUCCUGAGGAGAGGAGAGGUUAUAGGCAUGACAAUGAGUACAGGAGAGGAAAUGCAGAGGAUGGAAAGUGAGUAAAUAUGAGGUUAAGAUAAGAAAGUUUAGAUAAGUGAUAACUUGUGAAGAAUGAGAGGUAUUUAGUUUGGUGUUUGCAUUCUGUUAAGCUUUGAAAUGAAAAACUGAUUGUGAAACAGUGUUAUCAAAUAAACACUCAUGAAACCAGAGCAUAAACAAUUAAAUCUUUCUUGGUGUUUGGCUUUUUCAAUC